UCAGAAAGGGACUUUCUGUUACUGCUUGCGCAAAAAGGGAGGUGGAAUAUUAAAUCUAUAUGACAAGUAGGAUCGCACUCUGGUAAAACCGCUAUGUAUUGCUAUAAAUACUAUUGGCCAUUUGUUUUCAUUCAGUUGAUUAUAUUGAUUUUGCAAGAAAAGGCCACUCCUGUGAGUUCUGAUUCAAACAUCAAAGUUGCUUACAAUUUGACGGAGGCACAAAAGGCAAUUUUGCUCUACGAUCAUGUUGAUGACCGGAAUAAUGUGGAUCCUCCGGCUGCUAACAUGAGAUUAAUGACAUGGAAUGAGGAUCUUGCUCAGGAAUCUCUGGAAAUAUCAAGAAGAUGCUUAUAUACCCACAGCGGGGAAAACUCACCGACCCUGGGUAGUGUUGGAGAAAAUAUUUUCAUGUCAAGCACAGCAACAGAACGAAUUGAUAACAGCUUGUUCGAAACCAGCGUUUAUAUGUGGGAUUACGAAAAAAACCAUUACGACUAUGAAACUCGACGCUGUGAUCCGGGAAUGGUAUGCGGUCACUAUACCGCCAUGGUUUGGGCAGAUACAUAUGAAGUUGGAUGUGCUAUGACAGUAUGUCAUUCAGUUAAUGUACAUGGACGUUCACCAUUCUCUCCAGGGAAUUUAGUAUUCUGUAGAUACCAUACCGCACCGAAUAUAGUAGGUAGACAUCCAUAUAUAAGUGGUGAUAAAUGUUCUUCUUGCCCAUCAACGGAUCUUUGUAUAAACGGAAUGUGUGCGAAUCCUGAUAGAGACGGCAUCACUGAUUAUACUUCGUACGGAGGACCUGCUUCAGUAGAAAGAUAUGAAGAUAAUUGUGACUAUAAUAACGCGAUUGUUCUGACCAGUGGAGGCAACCUACAUGAAAGCGGGACAUUUAUCAGAUCGGUGGCGGCAGUAUGGACAGGGCAUUACCCAGAAAAUCAGGAUAUAACUUGGGACAUAACUGCUCCCAGCGACAAGUACAUAAGAUUGGACUUCGAAUGCCACUUCAACUUGCAAGGAACAAACGAAAGUUGUAUCGAUUUUCUCAACGUCACGAGUGAUGGAUUCCAGCAAAUUUUCUGUGGAUCUACUAUGCCAGAGUCAGUUGUUAUAAACAGCUCAGCAUUGAAUGUAAAAUUUCAUUCCGAUUCAACUAUCCAAGAUUUGGGUUUUGCAAUACUGGUGACAUUCUACGAUAUUCCGACAACUACGGCAGCAACUACAGAAGCAAUGACAACUAUAUUACCUCCAUUAACCACCGAUGCUCCUGCUGAUGAAUCCACAGCGGAAUGGGAAAGUACUCUCGAAACAGAUACAGAGGAAAUCCCCAUCGAUAUUUACUUUGACGAUGCCAAGGUGGAGCCUGAGGUGGUGCAGGACCAGGAACCGACCACGACCGUAACAACCACAACAGCGGGAGCAACUAGACCGCGAUUGGUUUCAAGCACGUUUUUAUUCAGUUUAGGUUGUGUUAUCACAUAUAUAUGUAGCAACUAAUUAUAUAUUGUUUUAUAAAUAUAUAGAAAUCAGCCAAUG